AUUUGUGAUUGUAUGGGAGUUUUACGUUAUUGUAAAUGCCCUUUGAGUAUCACUGACAGCAAAAAAACAUCGCGUUGCAAAUUUUGUACAAGUACACAAAAAGUUCUUUCAAAUAAAUACAUAAGAUUGAAAAAAAUAAAACAACAAAAACAAUUAAACUUAAAAUUGUCAAAUCCUGCUGAACAAGAGAAACGUAUGAAAAUGCGAAAAUUGUAUAAUAUAGCUCAACAAAAGAAAAAAAUUUAUCGCAAUAAAUAUCAUGCUUGUGUAUAAGAAUUAAGUCAAUGUCAAAAAGAAAUGUCUUCAUUUACGAAUAAAAAAGUAGAGGAAAAAUUAUUAAAUCACAAUAUAAGUGACAAUGAGAGACUAGUCAUAAAAUAAAUUUUAAAAACUUCAAAACAUGAUAACAAAAAGGCUAACCGGUACUCAAAAAAAUGGAUUUUGCAGUGUCUCUUAUUCCAUAUGCGAUCGCCGGCUGCAUAUAGAAUCUUAAGAGACUCUAAAUUAUUACCUUUUCCUUGUACGAGUAAUAUUCGGACAUAUUUAUCUUUGGUUGACACUCCUUGUGGAUUUGAUUCAAACUUUUUGCCACGGUUUUCGGAGCACUUAGCAAAACUACCUGAAUUAUUACGACAUGGAAUCUUACUCUUAGAUGAAAUAUCGACACGGAAAAAUGUUGGAUUGAAUACCAAGUCGAUAGAAUUUUUAGGGUUAACUGAUUUUCAUGACAAUAAUUCAACGACCACUUUAAACGAGCAGGCCGACCACAGCCUUGUUUUAAUGUUCACCCAUUAAUGAAGUCGUUCGCUCAGUCAAUUGCAGUAUGCACUUCAAAAGGCACAAUAUCUGGCGAAAAUUUAUCAAAAUUAAGUUUAUAAUGUUUAUAAAAAU